AUGCAAAUUGCAGAGUUGCAUAGCAUGCCCUGGGUUAUUGCAGGAGAUUUUAACGAGCCUCUCAAUAGUGCGGACAAGUUGGGUGGUAGAGAGGUGAGCAUCAGUAGGUCACUCCUUCUGAAAGAGUGCCUAGACAAAUGUAAUAUGGUGGAUUUGGGGUUUUCGGGUUCUAGAUUCACGUGGACUAACAAGAGAGAUGCUCAUGUACUCAUACAAGAAAGAAUUGAUAGAUUCUUUGUCAACAUAGAUUGGUGUACCAUGUAUCCUGAAGCCAGAGUGACUCACCUGACUAGAUGCCACUCCGACCAUAGUCCAAUUUUACUUGAAACAAAUCCUACUAGCUGGGCAAGGCAGAAUAGGCUCUUCAGGUUUCAAAGCUUCUGGCUAUCAGACUCUUCUUUUCCCCAAGUAGUCCAGAAAGCGUGGGCAGGGGCCCCUAGCCUUCAGGGAGCCAUCAAUAAGUUCUCUCAUGCUGCCUCAAAAUGGAAUAAGGGGCACUUUGGAAACAUCUUUGAGAAGAAGAAAAGAAUUAUGGCGAGAUUAGGAGGGAUUCAGAGAGAUUUAGCUGUUUGUCCUUCGGUUUCUCUGGUGGAGUUGGAGAGGAAGCUUCAGGCAGAUUUAUGUUGCAUUUUUUACCAAGAGGAAGAAUUAUGGGCGCUUAAAUCCAGAGUCAACUGGAUGUUGCUGCGAGAUAGAAAUACUUCCUUCUACCAUAUUUCAAUGUUGGUAAGAAGGAAGAGAAACUCCAUUACGGCUAUUAUGUCCAAUACCGGGGAGUGGGUGCAUGAUGAAGUGGCAGUGAAAGAGGUUAUUUGA